CAACAAGCAACCCAGACAGACAUCAGCCCCCAGUGGCUGGCUGUGAGCUGUAAGAGAGCAGCGUCAUAGUUGGCCGAGAGCCCCACCUUCUGGAAUGAAACGGGCGCAGCGAUUGGCUCGACUUUUUUGCCCUAGACAACUCACUCUCUCUCCCCCUUUUGUUAUUGCAAGCAAACUGGAGAAGAGCCGAGGGAGCAGCAGGAUGAACGAAGGGAGUGAGAGAGGGCGAUAGACUGAUAACAGUCUAGACAGACAGCUCCACAGAGAGAGGGGUAAAAGGGGAAAUACAUUUGGAAUACUGCUUCAGAUCUCCCUCUACUUAUUUGUCCAGUUCUCCUGUUGAUUUGGAGAUGUCAGUGAACCCCCCCAACAGCAACGAUGCCUGCCUGAGCAUCGUGCACAGCCUCAUGUGCCACCGACAGGGCGGUGAGAACGAGGGCUUUGCCAAGCGUGCCAUAGAGAGCCUGGUAAAGAAGCUGAAGGAGAAGAAGGAUGAGCUGGACUCGCUCAUCACCGCCAUCACCACCAACGGAGUUCACCCCAGCAAGUGUGUCACCAUCCAGAGGACGCUUGAUGGACGCCUGCAGGUAGCUGGGAGGAAAGGGUUCCCCCAUGUGAUCUACGCUAGGCUCUGGCGCUGGCCAGACCUCCACAAGAAUGAACUGAAGCACGUCAAGUUCUGCCAGUUCGCCUUUGACCUCAAGUAUGACAAUGUGUGUGUCAACCCCUACCACUACGAGCGAGUGGUAUCGCCAGGCAUUGUUGGUCUCAGCAUUCAAAAUGCAGGUGAGGAGGAAAACACUAUUUUCAGCAUCAUCAAACAUCAUCAAAAUGGUCCUCCAGGUCGGCUGAUCAAAGAGGAGUACAUCCAUGACUGUUUUGAGAUGGACCUCCCCUCCAGGAUGCCCCCCCAGCCCGAGCGCUACAACCAGCCCCUUCCCCCUCUGCAGAUGCCCCCCGAGCCGCCCCGCGCCCCAUCCUCCGUCAACCUCUACCCCAGCAUGCCCCUCUCUCCGCCAGUGAGCAGUUCCAUGAUGGGGCCCAUGUCUGGGGGCCAUGGCGAGGGCCUGCUCCAGAUCGCCUCUCCCCAGAGCCAGGGCAUGCCCCAGACACCGCCACCCACCACCCCCACACACGGACCACCCCCCCAGCCCCCUACCCCUCACAGCCAGAGUGACUACAGCAGCAGCUCCAAACACACACAGACACAGAGCUCUUAUCACACGACCUGGACAGGCACCAGCACGGCCUCUUAUACCCCUGUAGGAGCCCAGCAGAAUGGGCGUGGCCACCAGCAACCACCACUGCACCACCCCAACCACUUCUGGUCUCAGCAACAUCACAGCGCACCCGCCUUUCCUCAGCCAGUCUCCAACCAUCCAGGUCCAGAGUUCUGGUGCUCCAUCUCCUACUUUGAGAUGGACAUCCAGGUUGGGGAGAUGUUCAAGGUCCUGGCUAACUGCCCCGUGGUGACAGUGGACGGAUACGUGGACCCCUCAGGGGGCGACCGCUUCUGUCUGGGCCAGCUCAGCAACGUGCACCGCACCGACGCUAGCGAGAGAGCCAGGUUGCACAUUGGGAAGGGGGUGCAGUUAGAGUGUCGUGGUGAGGGGGAUGUGUGGAUGCGUUGCCUUAGCGACCAUGCAGUGUUCGUACAGAGCUACUACCUGGACCGGGAGGCGGGGCGAGCCCCGGGAGACGCAGUUCACAAGAUCUACCCUGGGGCCUACAUGAAGGUGUUUGACCUGCGUCAGUGCCACAGGCAGAUGCAGCAGCAGGCAGCCACAGCCCAGGCUGCAGCAGCAGCACAGGCUGCAGCAGUGGCAGGCAACAUCCCAGGGCCUGGCAGUGUGGGGGGAAUCGCCCCGGCAGUCAGUCUGUCGGCGGCAGCCGGGAUAGGUGUGGACGACCUGCGGCGGCUGUGUAUCCUGCGGCUCAGCUUUGUGAAGGGCUGGGGGCCCGACUACCCCCGGCAGAGCAUCAAGCACACCCCCUGCUGGGUGGAGGUCCACCUGCACCGCGCCCUGCAGCUGCUGGAUGAGGUGCUGCACACCAUGCCUCUGGCUGACCUAGGAGGACACGGACAUGUCAACUAAGCAGUGUGUGGGUGUGUGUGAGAGAGAGGUGGCGGUGUCUCAGUUGCUUGGUUUGGAUGAUAACUGCCCUUCAUGAACACUACAGUACGUUUUGGAUUGGACACCUUUUUCCCCACCACCUGAAACAAAGACUGUAGGCUUUAAUAGAAACUUCUAUCGAACUUCUAUCGAAAAGGUAUUUUCAUGCUUUUAUAUAUUUUCCUUGAAUCGCCUGAUUUUCCUGAAGCAGUUUAGACUGCAAAAUGUACUUGCUCAACAGACAAUCUUUUCACAGAGACUGGAACUUGCACUAAAGGCAUCAAUGUUUUCUAGUAGUGGUAGAGCCUGUAAGGGAUGGACUAUGUCACAACAAUGGAAACUGGCCUCGUACCUCCAAUGACCUGGUAACCUGCCUGGAUAAAACACUUUGGGAAUUGUUCAGAAAGUCAGAAUGAUAGCACAUGUGCUGCAGUGGAUUCUCACUUAAGCAGUGUUGGAAUUAUGCCUUGAUUACAGGGCAGCAGACUCAGACAGGUAUAUUGCAUUUGGAGAAUGCUGCUGUCCUUUAACUGCCUUCAGUAGGGUCUGUUUGUUCUUCAGGGAGAAAUUGAAAUAAUAGUCACCACAAUCUCCAUCAAACUUUUCUCUUAUCAGUCUUUUUCAUCAACCUGCAUCAUGUGACUCAGUUAUAUUUAUACUGGACAAAAAUAUAAAUGCAACAUGUAAAGUGUUGGUCUCGUGUUUCAUGAGCUGAAUUAAAAGAUCCCAGAAAUGUUCCAUAAGCACAAAAAGUUUAUUUUUCUCAAAUGUU